AUGCCGAACGCCGGCAUUAUGUUGCCACCUCCAGGCCUUGCGAAAGAUGGUCAUAAAGUUCAAUUUGGAACGAACCAUGUGGGCCAAGCGCUCUUGACAGAGCUGCUACUCCUCCGUCUUUGA